CAAUUGGAAUCUGGGUGGAGGCGUGAUCUGAAGAGAACGUUUCCUCCUUUUAUAAGAAUAGGUGUAAGGACAAGUUCUCUUUGUCUAGGACCUGGUGAGUGAACUCCUGUCUGCAGGAAAAGCAACCAUCCUCUCUGUCUGAAUCUGACUGCAUAGCUGACCAUCUCUUGCUCCACUGCUUUAAAGGAGACACUAUAUGUCGACUAAAGUAAUUCCAAAGAAGUGAAACAGUUUGGCAUUCACCUCUGCACACAUAAUGGCACAACAGGUUCAGACGAUGGAAGACAGACAAUUCUGCUGUGCUGUGUGUCUGGAUAUACUCAAGGAUCCGGUGACUAUUCCCUGUGGACACAACUACUGUAUGAGCUGUAUUGAAACCUACUGGAAAGCAGAAAAUGUAAAAGGAACCCACAGCUGUCCUCAGUGCAGACAGGCUUUCACACCGAGGCCUAUCCUGGUGAAAAACACUAUGUUAGCAGAGUUAGUAGAGAAAAUGAAAUACCUCCAGCCUAUCUAUGAUUCCCCUGCCUUUGAAAAGCACAAGCUGGUAGAUUUUUCGAAGGUGUUGAAAGUGAACACCUGUUCAGUUCACAAUGAGGUGAUGAAGAUGUUUUGUCGCACUGAUCAAAUGUGUGUCUGUUGUCUCUGUUGGAUAAAUAAACAUAGAGGACAUGAAACAGUUCCAGUUGAAAAAGAAAGGACAGACAAAGAGAAAGACCUGGAGGUAAUUCUGAAAGAAGUCCAGCGGAGAAUCGAGACCAGAAAGAAGGAAGAAGGAGUGCUUGAGAAAGAGACGGAGGGGAUCAAACUGUCUGCCGAUACAGCAGUGAAGGACAUUGAGAUGACUGUUGAUGAGCUGGUGAGUUUCAUCAAAGAAAACGGCUCAAAUCUAAAGCAGCAGAUCAGAUCCCAGCAGAAAGAUGAAGAGAGGCGAGUCAAAGAGCUUCAGAAUAAGCUGGAGCAGGAGAUCACUGAGCUGAAGAGGAAAGAAGAGGAGCUGAAGAAGCUUUCAAACACAGAGGACCACACCGAAUUUCUACUCAGGUACUCCAUGAUGCCCAUAUUCAUUGACUCUACAGAUUCACCAAGCUUUAAAAUCUGUCAGGUUAAGUACUUUGAGAGGCUUCAAAUGGUGAUAUCAGAAGCCAGAGAUAAACUCACAGCAUUUCUGUGUGAUGAACUGUGGAAGAUCUCUCUGGCAGUGAGGUCAGUGGAUGUUUUGCUGCCACAAAGCGAUCCUAAGACCAGAGAUGAGUUUUUAAAACAUGCAUGUCAACUCACGCUGGAUCCAGAUACACUGCACCUAAAACUCUCUCUAUCUAAUCAGAACAGAACUGUUACAGACAUGCUUCGAGAUCCAGAUAAUUCCUGUCUUAAGAACAGGGACAGGUUUUCCAUCCAGCAGCAGGUCCUCAGUAAAGAGAGUCUGACUGGACCUUGUUACUGGGAAGUGGAGUGGAAAGGGAGAGGUCUGUCAGUAGCCGUAACAUAUAAGAAUGAGAAUAAACUGGAUCAAACUGCAUUUGGAAGCAAUAAUAAUUCUUGGGCAUUAGAUUGUUACAAGGACAGUUAUAAAUUCAGACACAACAACAUGACAACUCGCCUCUUAGGCCCUUCUUCCUCUAAAAUUGGAGUCUAUAUGAAUCCCAGAGCAGGUGUUCUGUCCUUCUACAGCCUCUCUGACACCAUGACCCUCCUACACAGAGUCCAGACCACAUUCACUGAGCCGCUCUAUGCUGGACUGUGGAUUUGGGGGGGGUAUUUUACUUCAACCACUGCUACAUUAAAUGAGAUACAGUAAAAUACUGUUUAACUGAUUUUGCCUUUAUUUGUUAUAUUUUUUUAUGAUGUGAUAUCAAGGGUUUGUAUGGGUGCUUGAAAUCCUUGAAAACACUUGGAUUUUAAUAUUGUCUUUUCAAGGUUUGAAAAGUGCUUGAAUUUCAGAUGUGGACCUCAAAACUGCUUGAAACUGUAACUGUAUUUCAUUAACAACAAAUGACUAUCUGAUUGAACAGUUUUUUGUUUGUUUGUUUGUUGUUGUUUAUCAGAUAGAGAAAUAAAAUGAGUCGCAAAGUCUAAAAAAACCCCCAUUUCUCCACCUGGGCUGCCUUGCUCCUCUACAUGUCUGUUUCAGUGUGUGACACCCGCCCCGAACAGUCGGGAAUGAGUGCAAUAACAUGCCUGGAGGUUGCAGUUUUUAAUGAGCGUUUGCUGGAAAACGACAAAUACAAAUCAUGGAUAAGACAAUGACCAAAUCCAUCUGAAAGGUCUGCAAAAUGAUUUGCGCCUUUUCAGAAUGGGGGAGUUUGCAUAAGUCCUAGUAAAUAUUUUUCGAGUAUGUGUACGUUACACAUUCUAAUUUUUAAAAUUAUUACUAGUUUUUUGCUAGCUAGCAAACUCACAGGAUAAACUAUUGAAAUGCAUUGCGCGUGAUACAAUAUGGCAACGCUAGUAUAGCAGUUAGUUAUGGUAUGGUAAUUUAUGAAAUAUGCUGUGAACUUAGCUAACAUUACAUAGCAGUAGCAGUAAUAUGAGUUACUUCACUCAAGUGAAAGCUUUAAACGUUAGACCAAUAAAUUUUUUUGUGUUUUGCUGCAGCUUUUUCAAAUAUUAUCUUGGUGCCUUUGGCAACACCUUGAGGGGUGGGUGGGUAAUAAUGGCAAUAUGAGGGACUAAUCCAUAUGGGCGCAAAGAAUAGCCACUUUUUUGUGGCUGUUGUUUUUUAUUUUCAACAGGAGAUGAAUACCUCUAACAAGUUGGUUUUUUUUCACAUUUGGACAUCUUAAUUUUUAAGUGAAAUGUGUGUUUUGAGUUUAUUCACUAUAGGCAACCUUUUCGUUUUGCAGUAUUUUUGUGUGGUGCAUUUUUCUAUGUUUUAACAAAAGGGGAACAAAGGUGUUUAAGUCAAACUAGGAUGAUUUGUUUUAAUUUUCACGUGGUCUUACUGAGGUGAUGCGAAGUGAAACAUGCAUUGUUUUUUGGGUAAUGUGUUGGAAAAGCUUUAAAAUGGACCUUGAAAAUACUUAAAAAGUGUUUGAGUUUGACCCUGAAAAAGGUGUAUAAUAUAAAAUGGUUUGUAUAAUCUUCAAAAAUGCUGACUUAUUUUACAGUCUGUAUGGAAUGUGACAAAGUCUAUAAGAAAGAUUGCUUUGGUGAUGAGAAAAAGUGAAUUAAUACCAUAAAUAAAGUUUUGUAAUU